AUGAUGCUUCAAGCUGCGAGGUCACCUUGCGCGCACUUGCCGCAUCUCCGUGCAAAUUUCCACCUUCGAUCGCAGCAGACCUUCGUGCUGAACCGGAGCCGAAUAUGCGCCUUUACUACAGGAAGUCGACUCUGGAGGGAGCAGAAACCUGCCCAGCCGUCUCAGCUGCCGCAGUCACCAGCUGAACUUGCUCCUCAACCAGGAAGCACGCGCCAUGCAACUAAAAAACCAGCCGCUGCGAAUCAGCCGGAGAAGAAGGGUGGUUUUCUGAGCGAAGCCACUGUGACAAAUAAGGAGCAAAGAAAUGCAGACUGGGCUAUAAUGAAGGAAAUGGCAAAAUAUCUUUGGCCAAAGGAUGACUGGGGCACGAAGCUGCGUGUCGGCUCAGCGCUUACCUUACUUAUUGGAGCAAAGAUACUCAACGUCGAGGUGCCUUUCUAUUUCAAGAAUAUCGUUGAUUCAAUGAAUAUUGACUUUGCCGCCGUCGGAGGCACUGCGUACACUGUCGCCGGGGCUAUGAUAAUUGCAUAUGGCGCCACUAGAAUUGGUGCAACAGUAUUCCAGGAACUGAGAAACGCCGUGUUUGCGAGCGUUGCGCAAAAAGCCAUUCGAAAAGUCGCAGGAAAUGUUUUCAACCACCUUUUGCGCCUGGAUUUGAAUUUCCACCUGACUCGUCAAACUGGUGGGCUGACCAGAGCUAUCGAUAGAGGAACCAAGGGAAUCAGCUUCCUUUUGACUUCUAUGGUCUUCCAUGUUUUCCCGACUGCAUUAGAGAUCUCCAUGGUGUGCGGAAUUCUGACCUAUCAAUAUGGUUUCCAAUUUGCAGCCAUCACGGUGGGGACCAUGGUUGCGUAUACCGCGUUCACCAUCACGACUACAGCGUGGCGAACGAAAUUUCGGAAGCAAGCAAAUGCUGCAGACAACAAGGGGGCGACAGUAGCAGUUGACUCUUUGAUAAAUUACGAAGCGGUCAAGUAUUUCAACAAUGAGGCCUACGAAGGAGCACGAUAUGACCGCGCACUCAAAGCGUACGAAAAUGCGUCUAUCAAGGUGACGACGUCUCUUGCAUUUUUGAACUCGGGCCAGAACAUGAUCUUUUCCAGUGCAUUAGCGGCCAUGAUGUACUUGGCCGCAGACGGAGUUGCAACGGGCCAGUUGACAGUGGGAGACCUAGUCAUGGUCAAUCAACUCGUCUUUCAGCUAUCGGUGCCUCUCAAUUUCUUGGGAUCUGUCUAUCGUGAACUGAGACAAUCUCUGCUUGACAUGGAAACCCUGUUCAAUUUGCAAAAGGUCAAUGUUACUGUCAAGGAGCAGCCAGACGCCAAGGUCUUGGAUCUAUCUCGCGGAGGCGAGAUUCGCUUUGAGAAUGUGACAUUUGGAUACCAUCCUGACCGGCCAAUUCUCAAAAACGCCAGCUUUACAGUCCCCGCCGGAGCCAAAUUUGCCGUCGUUGGGCCGAGUGGCUGCGGAAAGUCUACGAUUCUUAGACUUCUGUUCCGAUUCUACGAUGUGCAGGAGGGACGCAUUCUGAUCGAUGGGCAAGAUGUGCGGGACGUGACAUUGGAGAGCCUACGCCAGUCAAUUGGCGUGGUGCCUCAAGAUACAACCCUUUUCAACGACACGAUCGAGCACAAUAUCCGGUAUGGAAAGAUCGACUCGACUAGCGAGGAAGUCCAGAAAGCUGCGGAAAGAGCGCACGUGCAUGAGCUUAUUCAGAGACUCCCCGACGGAUACAACACGGCAGUGGGUGAGCGUGGAAUGAUGAUUUCCGGCGGAGAGAAGCAACGACUUGCAGUGUCGCGGCUGAUUCUCAAAGACCCGCCGCUACUUUUCUUUGACGAAGCGACCUCGGCCUUGGAUACAUAUACGGAACAGGCGCUUCUACAAAAUAUCAACAGCAUAAUCAAAGAGAAGGCACGCACCAGUGUGUUUGUAGCGCAUCGGCUACGUACCAUCUACGAUAGUGACCAGAUCCUGGUGCUCAAGGACGGGCAUGUCGUCGAGAGCGGCACGCACACCGAAUUGCUUGAGCAGAAAGGUGUCUAUGCAAACUUAUGGCACGCUCAAGAAGUGUCUCUCGCACAGGACGUUGACCUGGAACGACAACUCGAAACCGGGCCGGAGUCGGAGGUGCCGGAGGCGUCCGCGCCAACAGACCUGAGCAAGCCAGCCAAAUAG